AGCCCCGCCCCCCGUCGGGCCCCAGGUGCGCAGGGGGCGGAGCCUUCGGGGCAGCCGUGCCCCACCCCUCCUCCCCUGUCCCCUACGGCCAAUGGGAAGGCGGCGGGAGGGCAGGCUCCGCCCCCCGCGCUUUUAAAGCCGCCCCCCUCGCCCGGCGCCGCCAGAGAGGGGAGCGCCCGCCCGGCCGCCGGCUGCCGCCGCCAUGGACUGACCGCCCCGGCCCGCCCCGAGCUGACACCAUGAACCAGCUGAUCCUUUGCACGCUGCUUCUCUUGGCCCCCAGGGACCUGGCUGGGGCAUGUCCCACAGGCUGCCAGUGCCAAGACCCCAAGACCAUCCUGUGUGCGGCUAGACGGGGCCAGACCGUGCCCCGGGGGCUGCCCCCCAACACCCUCUCCCUCUACGUCUUUGAGAAUGGCAUCACGAUGCUCAGCGAGGACAGCUUUGCGGGCCUGCCUGCCCUCCAGCUCCUGGACCUCUCACAAAACAAGAUCACCAGCAUCCAGAAAAACAUCUUCCAGCCCCUGACAGAACUCGUCAACUUGGACCUGUCCUCCAACCAGCUGCAGGAGAUCACCAACGAGACCUUCCAUGGGCUGCGGCUGCUGGAGCGUCUCUACCUGCAGAAGAACAGGAUCCAGCACAUCCAUGCUGCUGCCUUCGACACGCUGGAGAACCUGCUGGAGCUGAAGCUGCAGAACAACCAGCUCUGGGCCGUGCCCCCCCUCGACCUGCCCAACCUCCUGCUGCUGGACAUCAGCUGGAACAAGAUCCCCACCAUUGCACCGGGGGCCUUCCACGCUGUCAACAUCGAGUCCCUCAAGAUCGCGGGGCUGGGCCUGACGAGCUUAAACGAGGAGCUCUUCCAGGCCCAGAACAACCUCCACGAGCUGGACGUCUCCGACAACCUGCUGGAGCGUGUCCCGGCGGUGCUGCGGCGGCUGGGGAGCCUCACCAAGCUCAGCCUGGCCGGCAACGCCCGCAUCUCCCAGCUGCCGGCGGAGGACUUCCACAACCUUCACAACCUCCAGGAGCUGGACAUCAGCAACCUCAACAUCAACACCAUCCCUCGGGAUUUCUCCAGCUUCUUCCCCAGGCUGCGAGCCGUGACGGCCGCCGGCAACCCCUUCAACUGCAUCUGCCAGAUGAGCUGGCUGGUGCAGUGGGUGAACGCCAGCAGCGUGGUCCUCCGGCGGCCUGAGGAGACACGCUGCCACUUCCCCCCCAAAAACUCCGGCAAGCUCCUCCACCACCUGCAGUACGCCGACUUCGGCUGCCCCACCACCACCACCACCACCACCCCCACCACGCCGCGCACCACCACGCUGCCGCCGCCCGCGCCGCUCCCCACCAGCAGCCGCCCGGUGCCGCAGCCCAGCACUGCCGCUCCCACCCUGGGGGCCCUGGCCCCGCAGGGCAGCUCCACGCCGGUGCCCUUCAGCGGCCCCCCGGCCCCCACCAGCCCCCCCCCGCCCAUCUGUCCCCCUCGCACGUGUCUGAAUGGCGGCACCUGCCACCUGGGUGCCCAGAACCACCUGGAGUGCCUGUGCCCGGUGGGCUUUGCCGGGGUGUACUGCGAGGCGGAGGUGAGGGGGACGACACCGUCCCCGGCCACGCAGGCACUGCCACCCAGCCGGCGGAUCAGCAUCACGCAGGUCAGCAGCACCUCCCUCAAAGUGGACUUGCAGAACUAUGUCCAGUCCAAAGCGCAGCUGAAGGGCAUCCGCUUGAGCUACCGAAAUCUCUCUGGGCCAGACAAGCGGCCAGUGAUGCUGCGUUUGCCGGCUUCACUCUCUGAGUAUACGGUGCGGGCGCUGAAGCCCAACUGCACCUACCGUGUCUGCAUCGGGCCCCUGGGGGAGAAGGUCUCCAAGGAGGAGCACUGCGCUGAGGCGCAGACCUUGCCGGUGAGCCACCAGCAGCACUCUCCCGUCACCCAGAGCAAGGACAGCAACCUCACCCUGAUGAUCGUCCCAGCGCUGGCCGCCGUGCUGCUGCUGGUGGUGGUGGUGACUGCCGGCAUGUAUUAUCGCCGGCACCGCCGGGCAAAGGCGCAUGCCGGCACUGGGGUGGACGCGAGCCCGCUGGAGCUGGAAGGGGUGAAAGCCUGCCUGGAAAAUGGGGAUUUGAGCAGCCAUGGCCACAAGGUGCCGGAGGCAGCAAUGCUUUCUGGUGGCUCCGAGUGCGAGGUCCCGCUCAUGCAGUCGCACUACCCCAGCAACAACAACACCCCAGGGCUCAAACCCUCCUAUUUCUGAGCCAGGCGGGAAGGGGCUGCCGGGCGAGGAGAUCCCUGGACAGACGAGGGUUGAGCUCCAGCGGUGGCACCUGGCCGUGUCCCUCCGGGGAGAGGAACAGUGAGGAGCUAACUGAAUUAAGGCAGAAAACCCCCAAACCCAUAACGUGCAAUUUCCGAGAAGUGGCCACGUUUCAGGAGGAGACACUAAUUUUACUGCUCAGUGCCUUGAUUUCUGUGACUCUACGUAGAAUGUGGGUAGCGAAAGAGAGGGGGUUUGGGUUUUAAUUUGGGGUUUGGGUGAGCUUCUUUUAGCUACUGCUAAAAAGAAAGCUGCCGGUGACUCGGCUAAGGGACGUCCACGUGCUGGUAACAAGGGUCCUUUAGCGGAGCAUGGCCUGUGACUCUCAACUCCCUGGAAGCUGAUGUGAGCAAUAAGGCCCGGCCGAGGUGCUGGGACCCUCGGGACCCCCGGGCCAAAGGAAGUGCCGAGCAGGCAAACCGGGAAUUGAAGCUUUAAGAACUCGGAGAGAAUAUUUAUACAUGGUUAUUUCCCAUUUCUUCUGGGAAAACUCUUUUUUUUCUAGUACAGGUUUGUGUACACCUCUUUUGUAAGGCAGACCAGAAGGGUGUCUUUUUGUAAAAAAAAAAAAAAAAAAAAAAAAAAAAAAAAAUUAAAAUCUCAACAAUGAAAACCUCUGCGCAGCCCUGCGCACUUUUGCCCAUCUCACCCUGGCUUGCGGGCACAGCUGUGGGCAGCGGCACGGGCAGCGUGGUGUGUCCCCUGUGGAGGAGCGGGAAGGUCAGCCACGUCUUCCCGUUGUUGUU